CACACCUUCACGGAUUCGAUUUUCUUUUUUGUUUCUUUCCUUUGGGUAUGGGGCGGGGGCGGGUUUUUUACGGGUCGGUGUUUGAACUUUCAUUUUUUGGCUUCUGUGGGUGUCUUGGUUUCGAUUUGCAUUAUUAUACAUUUUUGUGGCGCCGGUUUGUGAUUUUUCUGGCGCGAGUUGUGACUUUCUACUUGGUGGGGUGGGGGGUGGGUGUGUGUAUGUACUAUGCGGUGAAGGUGUGGAGUGGAGUGGAAUCCUGUAUUUGCCAUGUACUUAUUAUCUUGUGCCGCGAGCCAGAGCCCUUCCGUGUGAGGUACACAUGGAGGGGGACACUUGACGAUUUGUAAGAGUCGAUAGAGAAAAGGCGGCGGGACGGAAUGGAAACAUAUGUCAACAACAA